AUGGCUACUUUAAUGCCAACAGAUGCCCCACGUGUUCACAUAGGGGUGCAAGGGGGAGAAAAGAUAAAUGUUGUCAUGGGUACGGGUUCGAAGCCAGAUAUGGGAGGAAGUGGUUCUUCGAAAGUAGAUGAUGAUGCGAAACCACCUCCAUCAACAGAAGAGAUGAAAAACAAAGGGAAAGGUGUUUCUUUAGAACCUACUGUCGAAGAAAAGAACAAUGUUGUUGAAAAAGAAAUCGAGAAACAAAGAAAGAUUCAAAGCAUUCUUCGACAAAGGGCUAAUAACCCUCCUGGUAUUGAUAAGGGAGAUACUUCAAAGCAUUUUUCUUAUGAAUACAUUGAAGCUCAGGUCUUAACUGGUGAAAUGCAUGACUUUGAGAAAAUUCCCAAGAAGAGCUAUCCCAUAGAAAACUCUGAUUUUCCAAUCAACAAGAUGAUGUUCAUGGCAUAA